CUGUAUCGAACGCAGGUUGCGCUAAUUCAGUCAGACAUGUCUCGGCCGUCGAAAGAAGACUGGGUUUGUAGUGACCCAAAAUGUAAAAAUGUUAAUUUUGCUAAAAGAGAGAGAUGCAACCGCUGUGAUAAGCCUAGGAAGCAUGGACCGUCAAGCAAAGGUGGUUCUGAGGUCGGUAAACAGUUAGCUGAGAAAAGCAAAGGACUUUUUAGUCCAGAUGAUUGGAUCUGUAAGACAUGUGGUAAUGUGAAUUGGGCUCGUCGAAACACAUGUAAUGUAUGCAAUGCUCCAAAAAUUGAUGUACAAGGUGAAAGAACAGGUUAUGGUGGGGGAUUUAUGGAGCGUGAUGAAGUCGUCGAGUAUCGUGAGCAUAGAGAUUCUGAUGAUGAAUUCGAUGAAUUUGGUCGUAAAAAGAAAAAUUUCCGCAGAGGUCAAUAUGAUCAUUUGACCAGCAGUAGUAAUCAUGAUUCAUCGGAUUCAAGUAAUCAUAAUCAUAACCUACAAGAAAGUCACAAUUCAGUUGGUCGCGAUCAAAUGGAUGAUAAGGCUAAUGAGGUGGAUGAAGACGACGAUGAAGAUGAGGAAGAAUCCGGUGAUGAUGCUGAUCUGUCGAAAUAUGAUAUCUGGGGUACAGAAGACGACGAGGAUGUGACUAAGAAGUCCGCCGCGACCAAUAAAAAGUCACAUAGUCGAAGUGCUGCUUCAUCGUCUUCAGACUCCGAUUCUGAUUCUGACUCAUCCUCUUCUUCUUCAGCCUCCUCUUCAUCUUCCAGCCAUGCUUCACAGUCGGACUCAGAAUCAUCCAGCGAAUCCUCCUCCAAACGUGAAGAUCAACAGCCCAGUGGGAAACGAGCUCAUCCGAACAAUAACAGCAACAACGGUGAUGUGCACAGUGAUUCUGGCAAUUCAACUCCAGUGAAUCAGAAACGAAAAAGGCGUACUGAUGCUAAUGAUCAUGGACAACGUGAUCGGUCGAGAUCACCUUUGUAAAACAACAUGAAUUAUAAUAUACCUUCUGCUAUUACUACUUCUGUUGUCCCCCCCCCAGCCAGCCACAUCAACCCCCCACCCCACCCCACUGCCCCGCCUCUCUCUAUAAAAUGGUUCACAUUGAGUCUCCGUGUUAACUUACUACUACUACUACUAACAUGACCACUAGUCUUCUAUGUGUGAAUCUUGUGAGUGGAACAACUGCAAGAAAAUCCUCUUCUACUGUGUAUUUAUUGAUUGUCUUGUCUCUUCUUAACACCCCCCUUCCUACCUUUAGCUCUCUUUCUUUUUUCUAACACAUCUAUAGACAUUAUUUUGUAUGAAACAGUCUAGGUUGAGAGUAGCGUCUUUGUGUGUGUGUGUGUCUGUGAGUGUUUGCGAGCUCAAGUGGAAAAAAACUUGUCAAUAUGUUCUUGAAGGUGGAUCCCCUUUCUCUUCCUUUUUUCUUUUCCCCGUUGUUUGAAUCCCACUAUAGAAGGAAUAAAGAUCUCAAUUGAAGAAACUUUUUUAUUUCAAUUCUUUUCAUAAUACACUAUCUAUCUACUGUUUGAAAUACCCUUUAUUUAUCUCUUAAUUAUUCCAUUCAUGUUCUAAUUCCUUGUCUUGCAUUCGUCGUUUAUAUGUACAGUGAUUUUAAUGUGUAUGUCUGGUUGUGCGUGCGUCUGUAUGUGUUGUGUGUAUGUAACUUUGAAAUCGUCCUUCUGUAUACGUAUGUAAAAAUAUACGUACAUAUAUGUGCGUGUGUUGAUGGAUGG